ACUUGCAUGUCGUUGGUUGGGAAGAGGAGGAGGAUAUGUGGAGAAGCACUAGUAGUUGGAUAGUUGGGCAAGUUGUAGCUAGACUCAACUAUUCCACUGGAGUUGUACCCAAAACCAACCCACUCAAGCCAACUCACAGUUCUCCUGGAAGAACACACAGAAGCAAAGUAUUUUCUGUGGACCCCAACUGGAAGGGCAAAGUCAUAGCAGGAGGAGCUCGAUCAGCCGACGGAGUUCCCACAGAAACUUUGAGUGUUCACUUUUAUGGAACUUCAUCUUCCGGUUAUGCCUUUCAUCGAUGGUUCACUUCGAUAGGUUUGAAAUUAUGUUUUCAUAAUACACCGGCGUAUUUGUUAUUGUUCGAUGCCGGUGAAGGUACUUGUCGCCGACUGUUUGAAUGUGGUACGGCACCUUGUAAUCUCGAUUAUAUUUUCAUAACUCAUUUGCAUGCCGACCACAUUCUGGGUCUUCCUUCGCUAGUUAUAAGUGCAGCAGAUAGAAGUAAACCUCUGCAUAUUUAUGGACCAGAAGGUAUCCGCUACUUUUUAAGAAGUGCUUUGUUAUCUACUAGAGUUCGAGUUCCAGUUCCUAUCCAUACUCAUGAGCUUAUUUUACCUGAACAAACCAAAAGAAAUCAACCUUUUAGACAGCCUUUGCCACCGUAUAGAACGGAAGUAGAAGAUACGGAUAUUUACCCCGAUGACAAAGGUAUUUAUAGAGUAGUGAAUACAAAAGGGUUUACUCUGACGGCCAGUCGUUUGGUUCAUCCCGUUCCUUGCUUCGGUUAUGUGUUUGAAGAGUCUUCCAAAAUACAUUUUAGUGAAGAAAAGUUUCAAGAACUUGGAGUACCACGUGGCUCUGUUCGCAGAAGGUUAACACAAGGUCAGACAGUAACUCUUUCUGGUGGUCGUGUAGUGAAACCGAAUCAAGUGAUAAGUGGAGUACGUCCUGGAAGGAAGGUGACUAUUUCAGUGGAUACUAGUGAUUCCAGUUCAUUGGCAUCUUUAGCCGAACAGUCUUCUCUAUUGAUACAUGAUGCAACCAAUUUAGAAGAUUGUUUAGAAGAAUCUAUUCAAAGUGGUCAUUCCACAGCAAAGAUGGCUGGUGUAUUUGCGAGACAAGUGAAUGCGGAGUUUUUAGCACUUACACAUAUUAGUCCUCGAAUUUGGUCUUCAGAUACCGAACAACAAAUGAUAAGAGAAGCAAUGGCUGGUUUUGCAAAGCGAGGAAGAUGUAUCAUUGCGGAGGAUAUGUGUAGAAUAGACUUGGAAGAACGUGAAAUGAUGGAGAAUGUUGCACAAAGUGCCGAGUCCUUCCAUUCUUAGGUAAACAUUUUGAUGAUUUGCACACAAAUAAUUUGUUUUAC